GAUUCAGAUGCUGUUGAAUCGGAGCUGAUUCCCCUGACACCGAGAGCGCAGCGCCAACCUGUGCGCACUUGUCCGCAGCCAGGAGAGGGGGAGUCGUGUCUGAGGAGGAGACACACCUUUACCUUUCCUGGUUCUCCCCACCCCCCUUUCUCGCUCUCUCUCUCUCCCUCCCUCCUUCUCUCCCUCUCUCUCUCUCUCUCUCCCUGGAAGCGGAGGAAUAAUCGAUCUGACAUGUCGGUAAACGAGAGAGCCACCCGAGCGUUGAGGGAGAUCCUGCAAAACCCUGGAAAUGACUCCUGUGCGGACUGUGGCGCACCGGAUCCAGGGUGGGGCUCCUGCUCUCUAGGCGUGUUCAUCUGUCUGGCCUGCUCGGGGAUCCAUCGCAACAUCCCAGAAAUCAGCAAAGUCAAGUCCCUGAGCCUGUCGCGCUGGGAGGACCACGAGAUGCAGUUCAUGGCUGAGAAUGGUAAUGAGCUGAUGAAGAGUAAAUAUGAGGCUGCUGUUCCCGUCUACUACUACAAACCAACGCACAAAGACUGUCAGGUGUUGCGGGAGCAGUGGAUAAGAGCAAAGUACGAGAGGAAAGAGUUCUGUGAGCCGGGGAAGAAUUUCACUUAUGAGGAAGGAACUAGAGACGGCCUGUUGAUGAAGAGAGGGCGGGACAACGGCCAGUUCCUCAGCAGGCGAUUCGUCCUCUCAGAGCGGGAGGGGACUCUGAAGUAUUUUACCAAAUAUGACGCUAAGGAGCCCAAAGCUGUAAUCAAGGUGGACACCGUCAACGCCACCUUCCAGCCAGAGAAGAUCGGAAACCCCAACGGCCUCCAGAUCACGUACCUGAAAGAUUACAGCACCCGCAACAUGUUCGUCUACCACGAAAACGGCAAGGAGAUCGUUGACUGGUACAAUUCGAUUCGUGCAGUUCAGCUUCACUAUCUGAAGGUGGCUUUUCCUGGGGCGACAGACGCUGAGCUGGUUCCCAAACUCACCCGCAACUUUCUGAAGGAGGGAUACAUGGAAAAAACAGGACCCAGGCAAACAGAAGGUUUCAAGAAGCGCUGGUUCACCCUGGACCACAGACGACUCAUGUACUUCAAAGAUCCACUGGACGCCUUUGCCAAAGGCGAGGCCUUCUUGGGGAACAGGGACCACGGUUACAGCGUCUCCACCGGGUUGCCCACUGGCACCCACUGCAAUGGUGCCUGGCAACACGGCAUCACCAUACAGACGCCCGACCGCUACUUCCUGUUUACUUGCGAGAUGGAGAGCGACCAGCAGGAGUGGGUGAAGCUCUUCAAUGACAUCAUGAGCGUGCCGAUGUCCCCUCAGGAGUACACAAUGGAGGCCAUGUUCAAACACAGGCCCUGAUGGAGCAGAGGCCCAGACGUCUCCUCUCAGUCCUUCACCGAUCUGACACUGGACCCGCAUCAGCUCUGGCUCCCUCUGUAGUUUGGGGGAAACUUGAGUGUCGUCACAUACAUGGUCACACUGGAGGUCGUUGCUGAUAAUAUGAGGUUAACAAUGCAAACAAGAGGACCAAGGCACCUUUCAGGCAGAAAUAUAAAAGGCCUAAAGAAAUAUUAAUUAUCAUUUUAUUGAGUUUUGUUGUGUUUUCGCUCUGUCAAACAUUCAGGACAGAAGUUACACAAAUAUCUAUCCGGAGCUUUUAUUAUUAGACGUCACUCUCGAUCUGUUCAGACUCAUGCAAACCAACUAUGUGAACCAUGUGCCUGUGGAUUUAAUUUUUUAUCAUGAUAAAGAAAUUUUUUCGUGUUUUAGUUGAUACGAGAUUUAAGAAAAACUUGAAAAGGUGAGAAGAACCUUGAUCCUUUCAUUGAAUGCAUUUUAUACAGAUGUGAUGUGAUGAAAUGGUUCUUACUACAGACUGUAAUUAAAGACGGACGACACAAUGGCUCCCCAAAGGUUAUCCACCAGUGCUUCACAGUACAAGUCACUUUCAUGCACACGUUCACGCAGGACUUGUGCCUGCAGCACUGGUUCUAUCACACCGUGGUACAGCUGUCAGGGGAUGUAGGACCACCGACCUUCUGGUUAGCGGACGACCCGUCCUGAGCCACCGCCGCUGCUCUUGUGCUCGAUGGCAGCGUUUGACUUAUUGGCUAGUGGACAUGUGUCCUCCGUCUUUAUUUACAGUCUUUGAUUUAAUAAGUUACACGGAGUCAAAUGGGUCAAACAGGUGCAGAAAACAUUUGAGUCAGUGCUGAAUUCAGAAUUCAUUUUUAUUUCUCUCUCUUUUUUUU